AUUUGGAGACGUGGAGAAAUCGCAGUCUUUCCACAAUGGGAGAAAGGACAGACUGUAUGAAGUCGCAUAGUUCACUGGCUGAAUACAGCCCCGUCAAUAAAUCAGACAGGACGGAUCCAAGUGACAGCUCUGAAAUACAGGAUGGAAACCAAAAUACAAUGCAACUGAAGAAAGAAAUAUCUUUGAUAAAUGGGAUAAGCCUUAUAGUAGGCAACAUGAUUGGUUCAGGUAUCUUUGUGUCUCCCAAAGGAGUUCUCAUCUACAGCAAAUCUUAUGGAUUGUCUCUAAUAAUUUGGGCAAUCGGAGGGGUUUUUUCAGUCUUUGGAGCUCUCUGCUAUGCUGAACUUGGAACCACUAUUACGAAGUCAGGAGCCAGCUACGCAUAUAUCUUGGAGUCUUUUGGGAGCUUCAUUGCUUUUAUCCGUUUGUGGACCUCACUCCUAAUUGUUGAGCCAACUAGUCAGGCAAUUAUUGCCAUCACCUUUGCUAACUACAUAGUUCAACCUUUUUUCCCUUCUUGUGAUCCUCCAUAUUUGGCUUGCCGUCUUAUAGCAGCUGCUUGUGAAUGUCUUCUAACAUUUAUAAAUUGUGCCUACGUUAAAUGGGGAACACGGGUGCAGGAUAUAUUUACUUAUGCUAAAGUCACUGCUCUUAUUGUCAUCAUCAUAACUGGACUUGUUAAAAUAUGCCAGGGACACUCAUCGCACUUUGAGAACUCUUUUGAGGGAUCGUCUUUUGAUAUAGGAGACAUUUCCCUCGCACUCUAUUCUGCCUUGUUCUCUUACUCUGGUUGGGAUACGCUCAAUUUUGUAACAGAAGAGAUCAAAAACCCAGAAAGGAACUUGCCCCUGGCUAUUGCAGUGUCUAUGCCAAUUGUGACUGUUAUCUAUAUUAUGACCAAUAUAGCUUACUAUACGGUGCUGGAUGUCGAAGCAGUUCUUUCUAGUGAUGCUGUGGCAGUGACAUUUGCUGAUCAGGUAUUUGGUAUCUUCAGCUGGACAAUUCCCAUUGCGGUAGCCUUUUCUUGUUUUGGUGGACUUAAUGCUUCAAUUCUAGCAUCAUCAAGGCUAUUUUUUGUAGGAUCUCGAGAAGGUCACCUUCCUGAUCUGUUGUCUAUGAUCCACAUAGGGAGGUUCACACCCGUGCCAGCACUGCUCUUCAAUUGUGCUAUGACCCUUAUUUACCUGGCUGUGGAAGAUGUCUUCAAACUUAUUAAUUACUUCAGUUUCAGUUACUGGUUUUUUGUUGGUCUGUCUAUUGCUGGGCAAUUAUAUCUACGUUGGAAGGAACCAGAUCGACCCAGGCCUCUUAAGCUGAGUGUGGCUUUUCCAAUAAUAUUUUGUAUAUGCACAGUAUUUCUGGUGGUAGUGCCACUCUAUAGUGACACUAUAAAUUCAUUGAUUGGAAUUGCCAUUGCUUUAUCUGGAGUUCCAGUCUUUUUCUUGGGAGUCUAUUUACCUGCAUCAAGGAGACCUCAGUUUAUCAACAAGAUUUUAGGUACAGUCACACGAAAUAUGCAGCUGCUCUGUUACUGUGUUUUAACAGAGAUGGACGCAAAUGAAGAAAAGAAGUUAGAAAUCAAAUCCAACUAA